AUGUCUGCCUCUCAGGGAUUGAAUGUCGGUGAGGGAAAGCCUGAAGGAGAGGUCACCGCCUCAUCCCAGCCGGGAGAUGUUGAAGCCCCAGUUGCUUGGUUGGAGGAGCUUUCGGUCUCGAAUGGGUCUACCAACGCCAAUCUCGCCAGGUUACCUGACGAAAUUGUCCUCUUCAUCAUAAAGCACUUGCGCCGGGCAAGCUUGAAGAGCCUGGCCCUGACGUGUGCUAACCUACGCCGUAUCGUGCUUCCUAAUUUCUACCGUAGUGGGAAGUACAAGACUUUUCGUUUGGCCUUGAGGUCGGGAGAUCUAGAUAUGAUAAAACGGUGCGCGAAGUAUGACGCUGUCCCUAUUGACGCCACCUGGGAGGUCGGGUUCCAAGAGAACGGCCACAUGAGGGAGUGUGAGUGUAAGACUGUGUUCUCGCAUCGUCUCCACCACCCGAUCCAUUUUCUGACUCUAGGCCUCGACAAGGACGAAAUGACAGCCGAUCAGUGCUUCGAGUUGCUUCAGUGGCUCGUCGACCAUGGCUUUGAUAUCACCGCUGCGUCCAUUGAUGACCGGGGCUGGGACGACAUAGAGGCCAAUGCCCAGGUCGAUUUCGUUAGGAGAAUGAAGCAUAUGCCGUGUUCCUUCCUCCACACCUUCAAGAUGUCUACAGACAGGGACAAGCUCGACGGUGUCGCCAAGAUUGUAUGUCACCUAUCAUCUGAGGGCUUCAACUUCCCGCGAUUGGUACGGGGCGUAGGGUCAACCCUCAGAAGUAAGGAGAAGUACACAGAGUUUACUCCUCUCAGCUACGACUCGCCCUUUCUCGUCACGAUGCUGAUGAGAUCGGCCUGUCCGCCCUCACUACUCGAGGCUUUCCUGAAGCAGCUUAAGCGUCAAGGGGUCAAACUGACUUGCCCUCGCGAUGGUUGUCCGCCUGAAUUCAAGUACGGUGAGCUCGUAGAUGACCACGACGGGGACUUUGACCCGGCGCCGACUAUUCUAACUCAGGUGUGGGAGUUGGUGGCCGAGCUGUACAAUGACCUCUUUGAUCCGCAGAGGUGGAAGCCGUUUUAUAUCGGCGAGGUAGGGGACAUUUGGGUAGAAAAGGUGACGCUGUUAGAUGAAUACGAAGGUAUCAACGAUGUAGAGAGACUACUCCUCGUGUCUAUUCUAUCCGCCCUGCGAAAGAUCGAGGCCAGAGCCCAGGCUUCGAAAGGCUUAGACAUCGAGCGAGACGCCAAGGCCUGCUGGUACGAGCUCUCCAUGGCCUUUGAAAGCUUCUUUGACGGCGACCAGCUCCUAGACUCUCAGUACCGACACCCAGAGGACAGGAUGCACAGGUUCGCCCUCUGGGUCAGCUGGGACCCGCAGAAGCUCUGGGCCCAGAGCCUCAAGAAAGCUCCGUGCGGCAAGUUUUUCAAGAAUCGGCACCGUAUCGAUGGGCCGGUGAAUGUCAUGAGUGAUUGGCCGCAGGAGUGGCGCUGGGCAGAUGCUGGUUGGCUAAUUGACAGAGAUCCCGACUGGUGUAAGAUCCCUUUGAAGGAGUGGUAA